AUGACUUCCUUUGUGUUCUAUCAGAAGCGCUUCGUCAACAAUCUGGAGAGCCAGGUGAUGGGGCCCAGCCCUCCACUUGGCGUUCUGUCUCCUAAAUGGUCCCCCCCUCCCACCCAGCAAAACCAGUACGUGCACAUCUCCAGCUCUCCGCAGAGCGCCGGGCGCACGGCGUCCCCUCCGGCCAUCCCCGUCCACCUGCACCCGCACCAGACGAUGAUCCCACACACGCUCACCCUGGGGCCCUCCCCCCAGGUCGUAGUGCAAUACACCGACUCCGGCGGCCACUUCGUCCCGCGGGAGGCCGCCAAGAAAGCCGACAGCGGCAGGCUGCAGGCCAUGCAGGCCAAGGAGCUCCUGAACGGCGAGAUGGAGAAGGGCCGCAGGUACGGGGCCCCGAGCUCCGCCGACCUGGGCCUGGUGAAGGCCGGGAAGUCGCUUCCUCACCCGUACGAGUCCAGGCACGUGGUGGUGCACCCGAGCGCCGCGGACUACGGCGGUCGGGACUCCUCGGGGGUCCGGGCCUCUGUGAUGGUCCUGCCCACCAGCAGCGCGCCCGCCGCCGACCUGGAGGUGCAGCCGGUCACGCACCGGGAGGCCUCGCCCUCCACCCUCAACGACAAAAGCGGCCUGCAUCUAGGGAAGCCCGGGCACCGGUCCUAUGCGCUGUCGCCCCAACAGGCCCUGGGCCCCGAAGGCGUGAAGGCCGCCGCCGUCGCCACGCUGUCCCCCCACACGGUCAUCCAGACCACACACAGCGCCUCGGAGCCACUCCCGGUCGGACUGCCGGCCACCGCCUUCUACGCGGGGACCCAAGCGCCGGUCAUCGGCUACCUGAGCAGCCAGCAGCAGGCGAUCACGUACGCCGGCAGCCUGCCCCAGCACCUGGUGAUCCCCGGCACGCAGCCCCUGCUCAUCCCGGUCGGCGGCGCCGACGUGGAGGGCUCGGGAGCCGCCCCCGCCAUCGCCACGUCGUCGCCCCAGUUUGCGGCAGUGCCUCACACGUUCGUCACCACCGCCCUCCCCAAGAACGAGAACUUCAGCCCGGAGGCCCUGGCCACGCAGGCCGCCUACCCAGCCAUGGUGCAGGCCCAGAUCCACCUGCCCGUGGUGCAGUCCGUGGCGUCCCCCGCCGCCGCGCCCCCCACGCUGCCCCCCUACUUCAUGAAAGGCUCCAUCAUCCAGUUGGCCAACGGGGAGCUGAAGAAGGUGGAGGACUUGAAGACGGAAGACUUCAUCCAGAGCGCCGAGAUCAGCAGCGACCUGAAGAUCGACUCCAGCACCGUGGAGAGGAUCGAGGACAGCCACCACCCGGGCGUGGCGGUGAUACAGUUUGCCGUCGGGGAGCACCGAGCACAGGUCAGCGUGGAGGUUUUGGUAGAGUACCCUUUUUUUGUGUUUGGACAGGGAUGGUCAUCCUGCUGUCCAGAGAGAACCAGCCAGCUCUUUGAUCUGCCGUGUUCCAAACUCUCUGUUGGGGAUGUCUGCAUCUCACUGACCCUCAAGAACCUGAAGAACGGCUCUGUUAAAAAGGGCCCGCCCGUGGAUCCGGCCAGCGUCCUGCUGAAGCAUUCAAAGACGGACAGCCUGGCGGGCAGCAGACACAGGUACACGGAGCAGGAGAACGGCAUCAACCAGGGAAGCGCCCCGAUGCUGUCCGAGAACGGCGAACUCAAGUUUCCAGAAAAAAUAGCAUUGCCUGCAGCGUCCCUGCUCACCAAAAUCGAACCCAGCAAGCCCACGGCAACCAGGAAGAGGAGGUGGUCGGCGCCGGAGACCCGCAAACUGGAGAAGUCGGAAGACGAGCCACCUUUGACUCUUCCUAAACCUUCUCUAAUCCCUCAGGAGGUUAAGAUUUGCAUCGAAGGCCGGUCUAACGUAGGCAAGUAG